AUGGCUACCCCUAGUGUCCUCGCUUUUGACGCUGAGGGUCGGGCCGUUGACUUUGACGUCUGGGUAGAUGACCUACAGCUUUUCCUACAGUGCGAUAGGGCAGACGGUCUCUCCCUCUUUGACCUCACCUCUGGUGCCUCUCUUGCCCCUACUGCUGAUGCUGACGCCACUGUUGGCUCACAGUGGGCCACACGCGAUGCUGCUGCACGUCUUGCAGUGCGCCGCCACCUGCCUACCUCUGAGCAUGCGCACUUAAGCCAGUACAAGAGUGCUCAGUCCUUGUACGACGCUGUAGUUGCACGCUACUCCUCCCCAGCCACUGCUGCACUAAGCCGCCUCAUGCUACCAUACCUCUUCCCCGAACUUGCUGCGUUUCCCACAGUCGCUGACCUCAUUACGCACCUCCGCACUAGUGACACUCGCUACCGCGCUGCGCUUCCUGCUGAGUUCUGCGCCAAGAACCUCACCCUCCCCCCCCCCCCCCCAUGUACAUCACUCUCUACUAAAUCGGUUGACCUCCUCGAGAAGGCCCUCCUAGCAGCGGAGAAGAGCAUAGUCGCUAUAGGAGCCUCUCGUGGUGACCCUCGCACCCCCAUCUUUGAGGGGUGUUCUCCCUCUCCCCUUCUGCCCUCUAUUGCCUCUGCUGCUGCGGCCGACCUCGUUGGGCUUGAGUCGGUCGGUGCGGCGUCUACCCCUAGCGGGAGACGCCGCUCUGGCAAGGGCAAGGGGGAAGGGGCGCUGGAGGAGCUAGCGGGGGCGGUGGAGGAGGCGGUGGAGGCGGUGGAGGGGGUGGGGGUGGCGGUGGGGGUGGUGGCGGGGGUGGAGGUGUCGGUGGCGGCAGUGGAGGCGGAGGCGGCGGCGGCGGCGGUGGCGGUGGGAGCGGAGGUGGCGGAGGUGGCGGCGGUGGAGGAGGCGGUGGCGGAGGAGGUGGAGCUGGCCGGGGUGGCGCUGCGCAGAGGGUCGGCUCCGGUGGUGGUCAGCGCCAGCACCAGCAGCAGCAGCAGCAGCACACUCGUGACAUCCCCCCCCCUCAGCAGCUCCGUGAGUGGUACGCUGCACGCCAGCGGGGUGGGGGUGCUGGUCCGUGCACCUACGUCCUACGCACCGGCGACCGCGCAGUUCCCGGAGGCCAUUGAGAUCCCCCGCUGGGGCGAGCUCCCUAGGGCGGAAGUAGCUGUCUUUGACCUUGACUUUGAUGCGAUUCUUGCUGCCAUGUAUGCUGUGACUAUUAGUGAUGAGGGUGACUGUUACCGGUGUUUUCCGCCCGACCCGGGCAUUGAGACUGCUGCUCUAGGUACUGGUGAGGCUGCUGCUCUAGGUGCUAGCGAGGCUGCUGCUCUAGGUGCUCGUGCGUCUGCUCCCUCAGGUGCUGGUGAGUCUGCUCUCUCAGGAUGCGGGGGUUCACCAGUUCACUCCUGCGAGUCGCGGGUGACCCACUGCAAGGACGCUCGGACAGGCCGACACCUGGCCACGUUUACACGUCGUCCGGGGUCGAGCAUGUACACACUGACCACUGUGUCUCCUCCAGUCACUGCGUCUGGCCAGGUAGCUGCGUCACGUCAGGUGUUUGCUGCAGCGUCCAGGUCUGGUCCUGAGUCUGCACCCUGCUUGUGUCGCCUCCUGUCUCACGAGACUCUCCUCUGGCACCACCUCCUUGGUCACCCCUCCCUGCUUCGUCUCCGAGGCAUGGCUUCUCGUGUCCUUGUCUCUGGUCUUCCCCGGUCCCUCCCUCCCCUUCCUCCGGGGCUUGGCCCUACCUGCGUCCCCUGUGUCGAGGGGCGGCAGCGGGCUGCCCCUCACUCCUCCCAGUUUCCUCUGAUAGAGGCCCCGCUGCAGACGCUUCACAUGGACGUGUGGGGCUCGGGCGGAGAGUUCUCCUCCGGCCUUCUGCGAGCCUACUGUCGUGCACGAAGCAUCCGCCAGACCUUCACGCUUCCGCACUCUCCACAGCAAAAUGGGAUUGCUGAGCGCCGCAUUGGCAUGGUCAUGGAUGUCGCUCGUAUGUCCAUGAUGCAUGCGGCUGCCCCCCAUUUUCUUAGGCCGUUUGCGGUUCGGUACGCGGCGCAUCAGAUCAACCUUCACCCAAAGGUCUCCAUGCUGGAGACCUCCCCAGCUUUGCUGUGGACGGGGAAGGUUGGCGAUGCGUCUGCGUUCCGUGUCGGGGGAUCUCGUGCGUUUGUUCGCGACUUGUCUGCGGACAAGCUGUCCCCUCGUGCUACUCCUUACGUCUUCCUUGGCUCCCCCCCUGACGCGCCAGGGUGGCAGUUCUACCACCCCACCACUCGCCGUGUUCUGUCCUCCCAGGACAUCACGUUUGACGAGUCGGUCCACUACUACCGCCUCUUCCCCUACCGCACUCCGUCCUUCCCCCCGCCACCGCUCUUCCUUGUACCAGGUCCCCCCCCGGUAGAACCCCUCCCCCCUCAGGGUCCUGCCCCUUCAAGUGUGUCCCAGGUAGACGCAGUCGAGCCUGUCAAGGUUACUAGUGACUUUGGUGCUGCUGAGGGUGCUGAGCCUGGGGGUGCUGACUCUGGGGGUGCUGAGCGUGUGGGUGCUGCGCCUGGGGGUGCUGAGCCUGCGGGUUUUACUACUAGGGGUGCUGAGCCUAGGGGUACUGCGACUGGGGGUGCUGAGCCUGGGGGUACUGCGACUGGGGGUGCUGAGCCUGGGGGUGCUACGCAUGGGGGUUCUGAGCGUGGGGGUGUUGAGCCUGGAGGUGCGGAGCCUGAGGGAGUUGGGCCUACUCGUGUGGCGUUUGGCGGUGCUGGGCUUGGAGGUUCUCUGGGUGCUUCGCGUGCUGCUGGAGCUGGAGGUUCUCCGGCUGCUGAGGGUGCUGGUGCCGCGGGUCCCGGAGGUGCUCGUACUGGGAGUACUGGAGCUGCUGGGCCUGCGGGUACGAUUGGAGCUGGAGCUGCUGACGGUGUUGGUGCUGAGGCUAUUGCUGUCGGUUAUGGAGACGGUCCUACUGGGGGUGCUACUGGUGCUGCUGGAGGUACUGGAGGUGGGGGUGCUGCUCGCGCUGGUGCUGCCGCUGGGGGUACUGGUGCUGUCCUUGCUGUGUCUGGAGUCGCCGUGCGGCCUCGGCCGUACUUCGUUCCGCUCCUUCAGCAGGUUCUUGGUCUCCCGCCUUCUACAUGUCCUCCUCCUCCCUUAGAGUGUCCACAGCCUGUCGUGUCAAAGUUACACUUACACCCGUCCUCCCCACUGCCUGCUCCUUCUCCCUACACUAGUCCUACUAGAGGUCUUGCUCAGCGUCGUGAGCCUGCGUCUCGCCCUACGUCGCCUGUCCAUGCUGCUCGCACUAGUGGUCGUGGUUCGCGUCAGCGUCCUCCUCCUAUCCCUGGCACGCACCGGAUGUCUCUGCGUCCGUCCACUGCUCCUCUGCGUGCCCCUUUGCCUUCUCCUCCUCAGUCCUCUCUUCCUGCUCUUGCCGACCCGGAGUCGGACUCUGUUCGUGCUACCAGUCCUACAGUCACGCGUCUCCUUGCUACUGUCGUCACUAACCCUUCCUUUGAGUCCAUUGCUGCGUCUGCCCUAGUUGCUGAGCUCGUCGACUUUGCUGCUCGCUGUCGUCUAGACUACGCUACUAGUCUUGUCGCUGAGUCUGAGUCUGCGGAGGCGAUAAAGGGUCCCUACUCCUCUCAGUGGCAGGCAGCUAUGGACGCAGAGAUGGCUUCCUGGAAGUCCACAGGCACCUACGUUGACGAGGUUCCCCCGCGUGGGGCGAACAUCGUCAGAGGCAUGUGGAUUUUCAGGAUGAAGCGACCGCCGGGUUCUCCGCCUGUCUUCAAGGCGCGUUACGUGGCUCGUGGCUUCAGUCAGCGGCAGGGAGUUGACUACUUUCAGACCUUCUCUCCCACCCCGAAGAUGACCACUCUUCGGGUACUGCUGCACAUAGCUGCUCACCGCGACUACGAGCUGCACUCUCUUGACUUUCUUGCAGGGCAGCCUGCACGAGGAGAUCUGGCUGCGCCGCCCACCUGGAUUCACUGGGUCUUUUCCUCCAAGCACCCAGUGGAGCCUCCGGCGGCCAGUCUACGGUCUUCGCCAGGCACCGCGUGA